AUGCUGGACGUCAACGAUUUCAUUACCGAGCGCGGCGGCAACCCUGAGCUGAUCAGGGAGAGCCAGCGCAAGCGCUAUGCCAGCGUCGAGGCAGUCGACGAGGUCAUUGCCAUGUUCGAAGACCAUCGGAGGACCGCGUAUUCUGCUACCCAAAUCAACGCCAGGAUCAACGAGGUCCAGAAGCAGAUCGGUCCCAAGAAGAAGGCCAAGGAGGAUGUCACCGACCUUUUGAAACAGAAAGCCGACCUGGAGAAGGAGAAGAAGGACCUGCUUGCCUUGGCCGCUGAGAAGGAGAAGCUCCUGAAAGCCAAGGUCAAGACGAUCGGCAACAUCGUCCAUGAAUCGGUUCCCGUCUCCGACAAUGAGGACAACAACAGAGUGGAGCGCACCUGGGCGCCCGAGGGCGUCCUCUUUGAGAAGCGCAACGUUCUGUCUCACCACGAGGUUCUCGACAGGCUGGACGGCUACGACCCGGAGAGAGGAGUCAAGGUCGUCGGGCAUCGCGGGUAUUUCCUGCGACGGUGGGGCGUGUUCCUCAACCAAGCUUUGAUAAACUACGGCCUUGAGUUCCUGAACGACAGGGGAUACGUUCCCCUGCAGACCCCACAACUCAUGUUGAGGGAUCAAAUGGCGAAGACUGCCCAACUCUCGCAAUUCGAUGAGGAACUUUACAAGGUUACUGGGGACCAGGCAGACAAGUAUCUCAUUGCCACCUCGGAGCAGCCCAUCAGCGCCUAUCACAGCGAAGAAUGGCUGCAGCCCAAGGACCUUCCCUUGAAAUACGCAGGUUACUCGACUUGCUUCCGCAAGGAGGCCGGCGCUCACGGAAAAGAUGUUUGGGGCAUCUUCCGCGUCCAUGAGUUCACAAAGGUCGAGCAAUUCUGCAUCACGGACCCUGAGAAGUCCUGGGAAAUGUUCGAGAACAUGAUCGCGACCUCGGAGGAGUUCUACAAGUCCCUCGGGAUCCCCUACCGAGUUGUGGCUAUUGUCUCUGGCGCCCUGACCGCCAAGAAACUCGAUCUUGAGGCCUGGUUCCCGCAUCAAGGAGAGUUCAAGGAACUCGUCAGCUGCUCCAACUGCACUGAUUACCAGAGCCGUGACCUUGAGAUUCGGUUCGGCGUUAAGAAGCAAACGGACAUCAAGAAGACCUAUGUCCACUGCCUCAACUCCACUCUCUGUGCCACGACGAGGACAAUUUGCGCCAUUCUGGAGAACUUCCAGACCGAAGAUGGAGUCAACAUCCCCGAGCCGUUGCGCAAGUACCUUCCGGGUGCUCCGGAAUUCCUCCCUUUCGCAAAACCAGCCGGCGAGAAGAAGGAGGUCCUCAUCAGGUAG